GCCAAAAAUGUCAAAAAUAUGUCACUAUGCCUCAAAUAUUGUCCAAACUUACCCUCCCCUAAAUUCUCAAAUUCGUCAUCCAAAAAUUCUAAGCCAAAAUCCUGCAUCAUGCUUAACUUCAUACAUCCGAAUGGCCAGCAGCUGUUUCCAAUUUUUCACCUAAAAAUAUCAAAAGUAAUGGCAUGUAUUAUUCGCAGGUGGUACUGAAGCCCUCUAAAUUAAUUCGAUUGUUACCAAACAAUACCAACCUAAAAUCUGUGAUGGUCCAAUAUGGAGCCAUAACUGCUGAUAUGCAGCCACUCACAAGUACUCUCCAGCCAAAGAGAUGAUUCUUGGAGAAGGAUAUCUGGCUGUGAAAUUUAGAGACUAAAGAAAUACCGCACAUAAGAUCGCACCUGCUAUUGAAUAAAUUAUUCUGAACAGAAAUAUUGCAAUUUCAAAAGCAUUUUCGGGAUUAUUAUAAUACAUUUGGUUUAAACUAUAUAAUCACUUCUGUGAAGAACUGAAAUUGGUGCUCUAAAUAGUUUACUUCAGCUCUGGUUCGAUACCUGGUGUAGUAAACUUUUAGAAAUCUUUAAAUUUUAAGAGCCCAUUAUACCUCUUAGGAAAUUAUCUCUUUUCUUACAGAUUACUUGUAGGUGGCUGUAUAUCAUCAGUUGUGAUUCCAUACUGAGCUAUCAUAGAGUAUUAGGUUGUAAUAGCUUAGUAACAACUAAAUU